AUGAUGGUCUCUUGGAAGCAUUGUCUUUUUACCGUGUCUCUUAUCACUGCCCUGAUUUUUGUCUUUGUUUACAAUAACGAGUUAUGGGAGGAGAAGCAUUUUCUGAAGGCAUCUCUGUCCAAUGCUUCACUGUUAGCAGAAGUCUGUCAUCGGAUUUUUAAGGGGAAGGUUUUUUACCCAAGAGAGAAUGCAUUGAAAACCACCCUCAGUGAAUCUACCUGUUACGAGUACAUGGCUCAAAGUCACUAUAUAACAGAAACACUAUCGGAAGAAGAAGCGGGGUUCCCUUUGGCAUACACGGUGACCAUCCACAAAGACUUUGGCACUUUUGAGAGACUCUUUAGGGCAAUUUACAUGCCCCAAAAUGUCUACUGUGUUCACGUGGAUGAGAAGGCGACAAAUACAUUUAAAGAUGCAGUGAAGCAAUUACUGAGCUGCUUCCCAAAUGCUUUCCUGGCUUCCAAGAUGGAGCCAGUUGUCUAUGGGGGGAUCUCCAGGCUCCAGGCUGACCUGAACUGCAUCAAAGACCUCGCGGCGUCCGACGUGCCCUGGAAGUACGCCAUCAACAUGUGUGGACAAGACUUUCCCCUGAAAACCAACAAGGAGAUAAUUCGGUAUCUGAAAAGCUUUAAAGGGAAAAAUAUUACCCCAGGGAUUCUACCCCCCGGUCACGCUAUUGGACGGACUAAAUUCAUCCACCAGGAGCUAUUAAGCAAAAAAAAUUCCUACGUGCUUAAAACAACAAAAUUGAAAACUCCACCUCCUCACAACAUGACCAUUUACUUUGGCACUGCCUAUGUGGCCCUCACAAGGGAAUUUGCCAACUUUGUCCUCCAAGAUCAGCAUGCACUUGACUUGCUUUCCUGGUCCAAGGACACUUACAGCCCUGAUGAACAUUUCUGGGUGACCCUCAAUAGGAUCCCAGAAAGAACCAAGGCAAACAAAAAGGUUAUUCAAUCUGAAAAAGAUUUGAAAAAGGAUCACUGUCUUCACAAAAUUAAAAGAUUUGCUCAUUUGGAAGAAGAAUCUAGGGAUGAUUCUAAUCAGUUUGUUGAACAGAAACUUAAGGCUAACACCCUGGCUUCUCAACCUGGUUUAUCUAUUGGAAAUGGAUUUUUACACAUCUGGUUAUCAGUUACAGAUCAGAGAAGCAAUGGAAAACCAUUGCACUGCUGCAAAACUUAG